AUGGCCACCUCGUACACGACCAGAAAUGGUCGGACUGCCAAGCGAGGGCUCUUCUCUGAAGGUAUCUGGCUUUGCGACUGCGACCCGCGGCUACCGGCGGACAAAUUCCAGACGAAGAAAGGGACCAAGAAUCAUGGAAGGUGGUUCUAUACCUGUCAGAAGCCUCAGAACAAGCGAUGCGGCUUCUUCCUGUGGACCGACGAAGCCAAGAUCCGUGAAGAAGCUGCCGUGCUCAGCAACACGCGCUCAGAGCCCAACGCUCCUGUCACACCUAAAACUCCGCAGAAACAGACCUCAAUCGCUGAAAUUCCCACGCCCCAGACGAAGACCGGCUACGCACAAAUACAGCAUGCAGAUAAUGCUGACCAGACAAAGACCCCUGGGCAUUUUGAGCUCGAAGAGAGCUUUGAUUGGUCUUCCAGCGACGACGAGGAAUUGCUCAAAGCCGAACAAGAAGCCCUGCAAAAGACGCCGUUCGAUACACCCCGAAAGACCCCUCGAACAGACGAGCUCACAUCUCCCGGCAAGAGGGCUUUGUCCAGGCCGCCUGCUCAGGUAGUCAGGAGGGAUGAAACAUGGCCUCUGAGCGACGACGUUUUCACCACUCCGAGCACAUCCCACAAGUCACACGGCACCGGGCUGCUCUCGCCAUCGAACACUCCAGCUUCCCGACCAAUCCAAAGUGGGGCCGAGCCACCCGAAGCCGAGCCUUCCUCGCUUGCCACUGACGUGCUCAGCAUACUGAGAAGCUCAGACUCGCAAAUCAGCUCGUGGGUCGAGGCUCAACUCGUGGACCUUCUCAACAAGUACGACCUUCGAACACAGGGAAUCAUCAAGGGCAGGGACAUCACCCGACUAGCUGUCCAGGCUAAGGACAGGAAGAUUGCAGAACUACAAGCCCGCAUUUCUGCACUCGAGGCAGAAAAGGAAACAAACAGGAGGGUCAUAUCUCACCUGAAAGUGGACAUCGCUACUUCGCCGAAGAGGGCUAAAGGCAGGGGUAUGCCUCCUCCACGUCGAUCAGAGGUCUGA